UUGAUUUUUUGUCCAUCUGCGCAGAAAGACUUAGCGGGUGCAAAAUAAGACCAUGCGUUUACUACUUUGACGAUUUAGCGGAGAAGUGGUAAUACGAGACUAACCUUUUCCGUAGGCGCAAGCUGUGACGAGAAUUCAAACAGGAGGAAAAUAAGAAUCAAACUUACCUUAAACGUGAGCGAAGUGUCAGAGAUAUGCCCUGUAUGUCUCCGCUGCAUUUUUGCAACAAAUUGUUAAUAUCCUGAUUGUAGAUAAAGGAUAGAUAAAUUUUGGUUAAAUGCCUUCUGUUUUCAGAGUAUUAAUAUUCUCAAAGAGUCCAUCUGCAAUGGCCCAGAAGAAGGAGAAAGUUACUUGAUAUUUUUUCUGCAGUGACAGCAAAAAUUUCAGAAUAGCUGAACUUCUAGCAUAACAAUAAAAUUCUUCAAACUUUAAUGCACUGGUUAACAGUCAUAGAAAAAUCAAAACUCCAUGUAGUCAUAAUUGCAUAAAUUCUGUAUUAAACUUCUUUAUAUAUCAGGCAAAAAUUUAUUUAUGUGAAAUAUAGCAAAAUUUUAAUGAAGCAGUCGUGCAGAUCAAGAUAUGAAUACACCAUAAAGCAUAUUUUUCUCAUGAAUAAUAUGUGCUGAUAUUUUUAUAAAGAUAUUGAUGCAUAAUUGUGCAUGACAGGUAAAAUAAAAGUGAACGAUCUAAUAACUAAUUGUUUAAAAUUUUUGAUAAGUAACACAUUUUACAUCAAUGCACAAUGUGAAUUUCAUCGUGAGGUAUAUAGUGACAUUUAUAAUAUCAAGGAUGUCAGCUAUAUUUAUAAAAAUAGUAUGGAACUUUCAUGUUCUAGGAGAUCUGUAAUAAAUGAUUUGUCAAAGAAUCUCUAAGGAAUCUCUCUCCUUAGAGAUUUUUUGUGAUUUGUAAAGGCAAUAUUUUUAAAAGAGCAUAUACAUACUUAUACAAAAGAGAAACUCCAUGUGUCUGUAAAAUAUAACAAAUAAUUUAGGCAACUGAGAGAUUUGAAAGAACAUAUGCUUAUUCCUGCAGGAUAGAAACUUCAUGUGUGUAAAGUAUGUACAAAAUAAUUUAAUUGAAAAAAUUGUUUAAACAUGCAUAUGCUUGUUCUCACAGGAAGGAAACCUCGUACAUGCCAAAUAUGUAAAAAGUCAUUUUAUCAGAAAGGCAAUUUAAACAAGUAUAUGCUGCUUAUUCACACAGAAAAGAAACCUCAUGUGCUAAAUAUGGGAAAUGUCCUUUAAUUACAAAGCCACUUUAAACAAUCGUAUGCUUAUUCAUACAGGAGAGAAACCUCAUGUGUGUGAAGUAUGUAAGAAGUCAUUUAGGAGCAAGGGUGAUUUAAACAUGCAUAUCCAUACUCACACAGGAGAGAAACCUCAUGUGUGUGAGGUAUGUAAGAUGUCAUUUAGAUUAAAAGCUACUUUAAAUUGGCAUAUGCUUAUUCACACAAAAGAGAAAUCUCAUGUGUGUGAAGUGUGUAAGAAGUCAUUUAAGCGAAAGUUUAAUUUAAACACACAUAUGCGUAGUCACACAGGAGAGAAACCUUAUGGGUGUGAAAUAUGUGAGAAGUCAUUUUGUCAUAAAGCUAGUUUAAAUGUGCACAUGCUUAUGCACACAGGAGAGAAACCUCAUGUUUGUGAAGUAUGCAAGAAAACAUUUACUCAAAAAUGUAGCUUAAACAUGCAUAUGCGUAUUCAUGCAGGAGAAAAAUCCCAUGUGUGUGAAGUAUGUAAAAAAGCAUUUACUCAAAAGGGUACUUUAAACCUGCAUACACUUAUUCACACAGGAGUGAAACAUCAUGAGUGUGAAGUAUGUAAGAAAUCAUUUAGGCGCAAGUUUAAUUUAGAUGUGCACAUGAUUACCCACACAGGAGAGAAAUCUAAUGUCUGUGAAAUAUGUAAGGGAUCAUUUAAGAAGAAGGAUAGUUUGAAGGAGCAUAUGCUUACCCACACAGGAGAAAGACCUCAUAUAUGUGAAGCAUGUAAAAUGUCAUUUAGACUAAAGCGCCAUUUAAAGGUGCAUAUGUUUAUUCAUGGAGGAGGGAAAUCUUAUGUUUGUGAAAUAUGUAAGAAGUCAUUUAGGGGUAAUGGUAAUUUAAAUGUGCAUAUGCUUACUCACAUAGGUGAAAAACCUCAUAUGUGUGAAGUAUGUAAGAAGUCAUUUAGGCAAAAGUUUAGUUUAAACAGUCAUAUGCUUACUCACACUGGAGAAAAACCUCAUAUGUGUGAAGUAUGUAAAAAGUCAUUUAGUCUAAAGCAUAAUUUAAGCAUGCAUAUGCGUAUUCACACAGGAGAGAAAGUGCAUGUGUGUGAAAUAUGUAAGAAAUCAUUUAUACAAAAGGUUAGUUUAAAUGAACAUAUGCUUACUCACACAGGAGAAAAACCUCAUAUGUGUGAAGUAUGUAAAAAGUCAUUUAGCCUAAAGCAGAAUUUAAAUUUCCAUAUGCGUAUUCACACAGCAGAGAAACCUCGUGUGUGAAGUAUGGGAAAUGUCGUAAUUAAAAAAGGUAAUUUAAACAUAUGCAUAUUUGUACCGGAGAGGGACCUUGUAUGCGAGUAUGUGAAAGUGAUGGUAAAUGGUGAUUUAAAUGUCUGAAGCCUUUAUUGCCAUAGAGCAGAAAUCUUGUGAGUUAUGUAACCAGUCAAUUUGACAGAGGAAGAAACGUGUAUAUAUACCAAGAGAAAAUUUGUGUCUGAAGGAACAUUUAUGUUAGUAACAAUGCAUAAUUUUCAGUGUAAUAGGACUUAUGCAUGCAGCAAUGAAUUUUCACUAUGUGAGGUCAAGUGUGUUUUAAUUGCAGCGGAAGGCAGAAUUUAGGAGUGGCAAAAGUCUUAGACUUCAGACAUCACUCAGUGGGUAAAUUUAAGAUUUACAGGUUACUGCUUAUGAUCACUAGUGCAUCGUGGGGCGUAGAGUCUACUGCUGAUGCUGUAUGAGGUACGUGAAUUAUCAUUAAAUCAAAAUAAUUAACCAACAG